AUGAAUUCCGAUGACUCUGAAAUCGAUGAUGAUGAGGACGAUGAAUUGUUUUCUAAUUCUAUCGCUUCUAAUAAUUCAGAAGGCGAGACGGCAAAGGCAAGAGAUUUAACCUCAAAAAAUGAAAGUCAGUUGCCUUCAAUUAAUUCAUUCGAUCCGAUGCGAUUAGAUCCAUUUCGAUUGUUUUUAAAUCGGAAUCUUAAUUCAGCGCUUCAGUCUGGUUUUAACCCGGUUCAUCAAGCGACCGCAAUGUCCCUACAUCAACAUUUAACAGUGCCAUCAAUUUCUUGUCAAUCGUUGCAAUCACCAUCAUCACAUGCAUUAUCAUCACUCCCGCUGCAACAGCAAAAAUUUCAACAAAAUCGAACCCAGCAACAACAAAUUACAAACCAACCGCACCAACAGCAAACAACGUCUAAUAAACGCUCAAAACUUUUGAUCGAUGAAAUAUUAAACUUAAAAUCGAGCUGUCCCGACAAGCGUUCAUCAAUUAACGAAAACAGUGAUGAUGACGGCAAUCUAUUAGAUCAGAAAAACGCUGAUAAAGGAGAUAAAGGAGAAAAAGAUGGCGGCUCUAUCGAGAAUAAUUUUGUUGAGAAAUGA